AUGUCCUUCCGUCGAGUGAAGUUGCGUCCACCUUCGCAGCAGACGCGCAUCGGUCUGCUGAUCCCUCCACCCCGACUGAACACGAGCACCCUCCAAUGGCCUCAGAGACGCACUUUCUUUGGCUUGGGAGAGAUCUUUGGCGUCCUCGCCAAUCCAGCAGAGACAGUGAGAUCGCUGACAGAAUCCAAAAAGCUGCUGGAAGAGGCGCGCAACGACAUGAAGGAACAGCAAGAGAGGGCCCAGAUACCGCCCAAACAUACCUUCUCUCCUCUGCCGGGCUUCUUCGAGCGGACCAACGAGAUUAAAGCUAUCGAACGAUGUUUGGCGAAAGUACCUAAUUUUACCGUCAUCUUUGGCUCGAGUUCUGUGGGCAAGACAGCGCUGCUCCGGCAAGUCCUCUCGCAGGACAAGUAUCACGUCCUUCACUUUGAUCUCCGCAUCGCCGGCUUUGCCGAUCUCGCGUCACUCUACAUGUCAUUUUCGGUUCAGAUGGAGCAGUGGUGCACCGGUGUUGCAGAGAAACUAGACGGCUAUCAGGACUAUGCCAAAGAAGGCCUAGCGUUCAAGCACGACAGACUGUCAGUAGAGCGGCGCGUAGAAGGCGGCGGGACAGUCAAGACAAGCGAUAUCGCCCACUUGAUGGAGCUCUUCCAGUCCGCUCUGCUCAAAUAUUGGGAGUACGAGCCACAGCUCAGCGAAGAGCAGCAGGAGCGGAGAGACGCGCAAUCUGCGGAAUCGCACAAGAAGCCCAAGACGCGCAAAGUCGAUGACGGAAAGCAGGAAACGCGCGACGACCGUCAGCCUGAGCAGCAAAAGGUGAUGCAGGUCGACAAAGACACCAAGAAGAUACCCGUCUUCUUUCUUGACGAGGCGCACAAGCUGCCUGCACUCAUCAAGUCAUCAGAGACGAUGAAAUGCUUCCUCGACUCCAUUCUGGUCCUCACGAAGCAAGAUCGACUCUGUCACGUCGUCCAUGCGACAUCAGAUUCGUUCUAUAUGCAUUGGCUGCGCCAGAUGAACGUCAUGCAGCACGCAAAGAUCAUGACGAUCGGGGACUGUACCAAGGAGGAAGCGAAGCGGUAUUACGAGACUGUCCUGCUGCCCGAUGUGCCUGCCGAGCUACAGUCUGGCCUCGAUUUUGAGAGCCAAUACGACGCCUUCGGCGGCAAGCUUGCACAUCAUCAGGAUUUUGUGGCAGACUAUCGAGACCUUGACGGCAAACUACGCAUCCGAGAUUGCUCGCAUUACGUUCAAGCGCAUUCCCUGCUGAACUUGCAGCUCAUCCAUUCCAUGCCAAAUCGAAGACCAUCAGCGGUAGACGGAGACGACCCGGAAAUCUCGAGCGGCCCGAUGGGCACGGGCUUUGAGAUCUAUUCCCCCCUGGCCAAUGCUGCUAGUUCGCCUCAUUCGACCUCUUCACCUUUCAUGGGCGCUGUACAGCCAGAGCAGAGCGAAAAUGACCCAGGGGCGCCCUUUUCUGCCGCCGAUUUGCUAGCGAUCAUGCAGAAGCUGAGCGAAUCGCGGCCGCCGGGGGCAGACCCACAAACAAAGCUACAAGGCAGCGCUGCCGCUUCAUCCUCACCCGACUCAGCUGCAUGGGAGGUCCCCUAUUUCCCGAUGUGUCGCAUACUCGGAGCGCGAGCGGUUGACGGCCUAGUCAUGGGCCGGAUUCUCGAACUUCGGUGGACAGGCACCAUUUCGCCAGAAGGAUCAUCUGCAGCCGUCAGAGGCAGCAACCCUGGCACUGUGCCCACAUUGCUUCCUACAACGCCAAUCGUUCGACUCGCCAUGCACGACAUUCUCACGGAACAGGCAGCUAAGAAGUGA